CCGCGCGGGAACCCAGGCUCCGCCCCGCCCCGUGACGCUCUCGGGCGCGCGACCGGAAGUGGCCACUGACCCGGAAGCGGGCGGCGGCGCAGAGCGAUGGCGGAGAAGUUCGACUCGCUGGAGGAGCAGCUGGAGAAGUUCGUGGAGAACAUCCGGCAGCUCGGCAUCAUCGUCAGCGACUUCCAGCCCAGCAGCCAGGCCGGGCUCAACCAGAAGCUGAAUUUUAUGGUUACCGGCUUGCAAGAUAUUGACAAGUGCCGACAGCAACUUCACGAUAUAAGCGUACCUUUAGAGGUUUUUGAAUACAUAGAUCAAGGCCGUAAUCCCCAGCUUUACACUAAAGAGUGUUUGGAAAGGGCUUUGGCUAAAAAUGAACAAGUAAAAGGCAAAAUUGACACUAUGAAGAAAUUUAAAAGCUUAUUGAUUCAAGAGCUGACUAAGGUCUUCCCAGAGGACAUGGCCAAGUACAAAGCUAUUCGAGGAGAAGAACCUCCUCUUUAAGACUGCCUUUGGUAUGUUCUAAGAUGCCUAAUAUUUUCAAGGAACUGAUAAUCUGUUGUGAAAAUGUUGAGCUCACUGGACAGAGGAAGUUCUUCAAUCUUCCUACUAGGUGAGUUCAUGUAUGUGGUUAUGGGCCGUGAGGGAGCCUGAUUACCACGGACUGUUUUUGGGUGGUUUUUGUUUUUAUUUUUUUUGGAAGCCAAAAUGUUUUCCUACAGACCUCUGUGUAUCUAAAGCUUGCAUUUGAAACUUCCUGUACUACUGUGUUCUUUCCACAAAAGUUGUUUGAGGCAUAUGUGUGACUUGCAAGCUAUUGUACGUCAUUUCCCACAAAGUACAUUUCUAGUAUGGAAAAGAACUGUGAUCAAGUGCCAGACUGGAUAAAUACACUUCUUUUGGAAGCUAGUUAUACUUUGAUUAUUAAAAUAGGCUACAGCCUAUCUCAUGUGGGGGGGGGGGGAGGCAGGCCACAGGAAUGAGAAUUGACGUCUAUUAACUAGCUCUUUCCUGGUAGUUUAUAAAAGCAUGACUAGACAGGACUUUUUUUUUUUCUUUUUGCUAAAUUUCUGCUGAAAUGGAAGUCCAUUGUCAGGUGCUGUACUUCCAUGUAACUUUUGUCAACCACAACCAAAAAGUCCUCUUCAGUCCUGUGAAUGGAAGGACAGGUUGCUGAGGAUGGAAAAAUUGAACAUUUUCAAGGAUGGCCUCCCAGCCGUGCUUUUAUUUUUGUAUAGCAUUUGAUGCAGAAAUAAAUCUUUUAAGUGUAUUGCAUUUUUCUUUGGGAAAAAUAUAUAAUAAACACUUUGAAAUGAA